CAACUACAACAUCGACGACAACAACUACAACAUCUACGACAACGACUUCGGGUCCCUUCUGUGUGUCUUCGUGUUUGGGACGUCCUGUUGGCAACGAACGUUACCCCCACUGCACAAGCUGCAGCAAGUAUGUCCAGUGUCUUGCGACGGGGAUAAAAGUGACGACAUGCCCGUCAGGUUUACACCACAACGAUGCCAAAGACGACUGUGACACAGUCUCUAACGCCGCUUGCACAAUAACCUCGCCUACAACUGCAGCAACAUCAGCGACAACAAAACCAGCACUAGCGACUUCAUCGACAUUUUGUUUAAAAUCCUGUGUCGGUAUGAUGGUCAGCAACGAGCGCUACCCCUACUGCAGCGACUGCACCAAAUACAUUCAAUGUCUGUCCACUGGACAAAAGGUUACAACGUGUCCAGCCGGGCUCCACCACAACGACAUCAUCGACGACUGUGAUCAACCAAGCACAGCCAAUUGCCAGUCGGACUCAGCAGGCACUUCCGGUACUUCCGGCGCAACCGGAAACUGCGUGGCCACCUGUAGCAACAUUGCCGACGGCAACUACCAGGACUGCACCGACUGCUACAAGUACGUUGCCUGCUCUGGAGGGCUCAUGUACGUGAUGGACUGUGCUGCCACUCUUGUGUGGGACGACUCCAUGAAAAGGUGUGAAGGGACGUCCUCUACCUGCACCGCCAUUGGUUAAUCAUUACCAUUUCAGAUCGUGCAUGUAGUGCUACAUCUGUGAGAAACUGCUUUUGUAUGUGAAAUGUUUGAGUAGAUGGUCUACCAAACAAAAUAGAUUAUAGCAGAUUGUG